CCCCCAGCCCACCCUGGCAGUGCCCAGUUUCCCUGCAGGAACGCUGGCAGUGCCAGGCAGAGGCAGGGACAGGAGAAAAAGCCGGAACAUCUGGAGCAGAGGAAGCAGAAGGAGCAGAAUCAUCUGGACCAGAAUCAUCUGGAGCAGAAGAAGCAGAAAAAACUGGAGCAGAAGGAGCAGAAAAAGCUGGAGGAGCUGGAGCAGAAUCAUCUGGAGCAGAAUCAUCUGGAGGUGGAGCAUCUGGAGCAGAGGAAGCAGAAAAAGCUGAAACAUCUCGAGCAGAGGAAGCAGAAGAAGCAGAAUGGUCUGGAGCAGAAUCAUCUGGAGCUGGAGCAGAAGGAGCAGAGGAAGCAGAAAAAGCUGGAGCAGAAACAUCUGGAAAUGGAGCAUCUGGAGCAGAAUCAUGUGGAGCAGAGGAAGCAGAAAAAGAUGAAACAUCUGGAGCAGAAUCAUCUGGAGGUGGAGCAUCUGGAGCAGAGGAAGCAGAAAAAGCUGGAACGUCAGGAACAGAAUGAUCUGGAACAGAGGAAACAGAAAAAACUGGAGCUCCAGGAGCAGGAGCCUCUGGAGCAGAGGAAACAGAAAAAGCAGAAUCAUCUGGAGGUAGAACAUCUGGAGCAGAGGAGGCAGAAGAAGCUGGAACAUCUGGAGCAGAAUCACCUGGAAAUGGAGCAUCAGGAGCAGAGGAGGCAGAAAAAAAUGAAGGGAGAGCAUGUGGAGCACAGGAAGCAGAAGAAGCAGAAUCAUCUGGAGGUAGAACAGCUGGAGCAAAGGAGGCAGGAAAAAAUGGAGCUCCAGGAGCAGAGGAAGCAGAAAAAGCAGAAUGGUCUGGAGCAGAAUCAUCCGGAGCUGGAGCAUCUGGAAAUGGAGCAGAAGGAGCAGAGGAAGCAGAAGAAACAGAAACAUCAGGAGCAGGAGCAUCGGGAGCAGAAUCAUCUGGAAAUGGAGCAUCUGGAGGAGAGGAAGCAGAAGAAACAGAAACAUCUGGAGCAGGAGAGGCAGAGUUAUCUGGAGCAGAAUCAUCUGGAGGUGGAACAUCUUGAGCAGAGGAAGCAGAAAAAGCUGGAGCAUCUGGAGCAGAAUCAUCUGGAGGUGGAGCAUCAGGAGGAGAAGAAACAGAAGAAGCUGAAACAUCUGGAAAUGGAGCAUCUGGAGGGGAGGAAGCAGAGAAAGCUGGAGCUCCAGGAGCAGGAGCAUCUGGAGCAGAGGAAACAGAGAAAACAGAAUCAUCAGGAGCAGAGGAAGAAGAAUCAUCAGGAGCAGGAGGAGCAGAAUCAUCAGGAGCAGAAUCAUCUGGAAAUGGAGCAUCUGGAGCAGGAUCAUGUGGAGCAGAGGAAACAGAAGAAGCUGGAUAAGAGGAAGCAGAAUCAUCAGGAGCAGGAUCAUGUGGAGCAGAGGAAACAGAAGAAGCAGGAUCAUGUGGAGCAGAGGAAACAGAAGAAGCAGGAUCAUGUGGAGCAGAAUCAUCUGGAGCAGAAGAAGCAGAAGCAGCAGAAUCAUGUGGAGCAGGAUCAUCUGGAGCAGGAUCCUGUAGAGCAGAGGAAGCAGAAGAAGCUGGAUAAGAGGAAGCAGGGUCAUCAGGAGCAGGAUCCUGUGGAGCAGAGGAAGCAGAAGCAGCAGAGCUGCCUGGAGCAGCAGCAGCAGCCCCCGCAGCUGCCCCCCAGCGAACGUUUGAAUCUGGUGCUGUGA